GUUAUCGAACCCGCCUUCCUUUGGCAAAAUGGCUCCGCUGUUGGUACCGCUGGAAUGCAUUUUACACCUGCAAAGAAGAAAAUUGGCUAUUUUACUGCAAAAGACAAGUUUUUAUCAUGUUUGGAGAGGAGGUAACAAACCGAAUGGGAAACAACGGAAACAACAGACUACUUAUUUGCUGAGCCCCAACCUGAGGACAGCCACAUGGACAGUCAACAGGAGUGACGACAGCAGACGUUUACUGGAGGCUGCAAAGCAUGUGCAGGUGACAGAACGGACAUGUUGGCACGGAAAUGCGGGUGGAAGAUUAAACGCAGACCCCAAAAAUGUGUUGAAGGAGGUGAAUUCCAGGACCAUCCUGUCUAACAUGUUGUCCUACGUGUGGCCCAAGGACCGGCCUGAUCUACGGGCUAGAGUAGCCAUCGCCCUGGGGCUGCUGGCUGGAGCUAAGAUGACCAACGUGAUGGUACCCUUCAUGUUUAAGUAUGCUGUGGACGAGCUGAAUGGACUGUCGGGUCACAUGUUGAAUCUGAGCGACGCCCCCAACACCGUGGCUACCAUGGCAACUGCUGUUCUUAUUGGUUACGGUGUGUCCCGUGCCGGAUCGGCCCUCUUCAACGAGCUGCGUAACGCCGUGUUCGGGAAGGUGGCCCAGAGUUCCAUCCGGCGUAUCGCCAAGAACGUGUUCCUGCACCUCCACAGCCUGGACCUGGGCUUCCACCUGUCCCGCCAGACGGGGGCGCUGUCAAAGGCCAUUGACAGGGGCACCAGGGGCAUCUCCUUUGUCCUUUCUGCUAUUGUCUUCAACCUGGGACCCACUGCGCUGGAGAUGGGGCUGGUCUCUGCUAUCCUGUAUUAUAAAUGCGGGGUGGAAUUUGCCGCGGUGACUCUGGGUACUCUGGGAGCGUAUACAGCCUUCACCAUUGCUGUCACACAGUGGAGGACUCGGUUCAGGAUAGAGAUGAACAAGGCCGACAACGAGGCAGGAAACGCUGCUAUUGACUCUUUACUCAAUUAUGAGACCGUUAAGUAUUUCAACAAUGAGAAGUACGAAGCAGAGAAGUAUGAUGGUUAUCUGAAGAGCUACGAGUCCUCGUCCCUGAAGACGACCUACACCCUGGCCAUGCUCAACUUUGGACAGAGUGUCAUCUUUAGUGUGGGCCUCACUGGUAUCAUGGUGCUAGCUAGCAAGGGGAUCAUGGCAGGUUCUAUGACAGUAGGAGACCUGGUGAUGGUGAAUGGUCUGCUGUUCCAGCUCUCUAUGCCUCUUAACUUCCUGGGCACAGUGUACAGAGAGACACGCCAGGCCCUGAUCGACAUGAAUACACUCUUCACACUGCUCAGUAUUGACACCAAGAUCAAGGAGACAGAUCUGGCCCCUCCUCUCUCCAUCACCCCUCAAGAAGCCACCAUCAGGUUUGAGGAUGUCUACUUUGAGUACCUGGAAGGCCAGAAGGUUCUAGAGGGCGUCUCCUUCCAGGUGCCGGCUGGGAAGAAGGUGGCCAUCGUAGGAGGGAGCGGAUCAGGGAAGAGCACCAUCAUGCGUAUGUUGUUCCGGUUUUACGAGCCCCAGAAGGGAAACAUCUACAUCGCUGGACAGAACAUCAGAGACGUUGGACUGGACAGUCUGCGCCGGGCCGUAGGGGUGGUACCACAGGAUGCAGUGCUCUUCCACAACACCAUCUUCUACAACCUUCAGUACGGGAACAUCAACGCCACUCCAGAGGAGGUGUACCAGGUGGCACGGCUGGCAGGGAUCCACGACGCCAUCCUCAGGAUGCCCCACGGAUACGAGACUCAGGUCGGGGAGAGGGGACUCAAACUGUCAGGUGGGGAGAAGCAGCGUGUGGCCAUAGCCAGGGCCAUUCUGAAGAACCCUCCUAUCCUGCUGUAUGAUGAAGCUACGUCCUCACUGGACUCUAUCACUGAGGAGAACAUUCUUAAUUCCAUGAAGGGUCUGGUCCAGGACCGGACGUCGGUGUUCAUCGCUCACAGACUGUCCACCAUCGUAGACGCAGACGAGAUCAUCGUACUCAACAAGGGUAAGAUAGCAGAGCGAGGGGACCACCACUCUCUCCUGGCUACUCCAGGCUCUCUGUACGCUGACCUGUGGAACACUCAGAACAGUAAGAUACUGAACCGUAAGAACAGCCCAGUGGAGCUGCAGCCAGAGAGACUCAGCCAGAAGGAGGAGGAGAGGAAGAAACUACAGGAGGAGAUCAUGAACAGUGUCAAGGGCUGUGGGAACUGCUCCUGUUGAGGAGAGACCAGGACAGGAGGUCCUCCCUCAAUUCCUCCCUCAAUACCUGUCCUUCCUCCUUCAUCCACUGCCAGCCUGCGCUCAGUACUUUAAUUUACACCUCUCCAGCUCGCCACGCCACGCCAAGCCCCUCCCCCUGCUCCUCCUGAGAAGGCGAUUGGUGCCCGAAGAGGAGACUGAGGAGCAAGGCUGUCUGCCAUUGGCUAAUGUCUACAGAGAGGCAACGUUCGUCUGCCAAUCCUCAGCUCAAACAACACAUAAAAGACCUUGUAUAGGAUGACAUCAUGUUGUAUAGGAUGACAUGUACAGGAUGACAUCAUGUUGUACAGGAUGACAUCAUGUUGUACAGGAUGACAUGUACAGGAUGACAUCAUGUUGUAUAGGAUGACAUCAUGUUGUAUAGGAUGACAUGUACAGGAUGACAUCAUGUUGUAUAGGAUGACAUCAUGUUGUAUAGGAUGACAUGUACAGGAUGACAUCAUGUUGUACAGGAUGACAUCAUGUUGUACAGGAUGACAUCAUGUUGUACAGGAUGACAUCAUGUUGUACAGGAUGACAUCAUGUUGUACAGGAUGACAUCAUGUUGUACAGGAUGACAUGUUGUACAGGAUGACAUCAUGUUGUACAGGAUGACAUCAUGUUGUAUAGGAUGACAUCAUGUAAGAACAUUACUGAUCAACGUGAGGAGUCUGUUUCAUUCUGAAGAUCUGUACCAAAUGCCACCCUAUUCCCCAUGGGCCCUAGUCAAAUGUAGUGCACUAUAGAGGGAAUAGGGUGCCAUUUGGGAUGAAACCGGAGGUAUUUGGAUGAGGUAUUUCUGACAGCGUUCUCCUGUAGGAAGAGGGGUGCCUUGAUGUUGAUUUGAAUAUGUUUUUAACUAGUUCUUCCAUAUUGUUGGGAAGUGUAGGUCGGUGUUUUAUAUUAAGGAUUUGUAUAUAUCUCUAUAUCAGGAUUUAAAAGGCUGCUGACUAAAAACUAGACACACAUUGUCCAGGUAUAUCUAUCGCUAUAAAAUGACCUUUUCUCAAAAUAAUCUUUACUUGGGGGGGGGGUUCAAUCAUUUAGAAGGUUUAACCAAGAACAGGAAACACACACGCCUACCUAAAGAUCAUGUAUUACAAAUAAUGAAUAUUAGGCUUCAUCCUUAACAGCCCUGUUGUAUUGAUCUUUAUCAGAGACUUGUCAGGAACAUGUAGUAUGGUGAAGACUGGCUGGCUAUAGUAACUGAAGAGUCCUAUCUGUUUUAAUGGACGGUAUAUUGGUACGCGUGUUGGUAGGCCAUUAGCCAAUAAUCCUUUUAACACCGGCUUCCAGGGCAUUAUCACUUUUAUACAACGGGUUACCAACCUAUUGAAAUAACGAUUGACAUAUUUUCAUUCAAAAAAAAUUAUUUUGAUAAAUUCAUUCAUACAAUUUCAUCCUUCCAUAAGAUAUAGUCCCGACACAAAUCUAGGGUUGCUACCCAAGCCGGCUGGUCGUUCGUUCUAUUGGUUCUUAUCCCUUGCUUGCUAGCCAACUACAGCUAACUCA